CGACAUAUAGACAUAUAAACCCUCCUCCCUCCCUCCCUCAAUCUCCGGCUCCACCUGCCAAGACAGAAAUUAAAGCAAAAAAUAGAACUUCUUUAUUUGUUUGUUGGUCAUGGGAGAAGUGGUGAUUGAUGAAGAACAUGGUUUUGCAGAAAUCCCUCUUCAUGACGAUGAUCAUAACAACCAAUGUCGUCCAACGAAAAGCCCAGAGGAUUUGGAGAGCAAUAUUGAUCCACCCAAUUCAUCAAGAAUUAAUGUUAAUGGAUUCCAGAUUGAUCAGCAGAAAAACCCACAUGAGGAUUGGCUUCCAAUCACGGAAUCAAGAAAUGGGAAUUUCUACACUUGCGUCUUCCAUUUGCUUUCUUCAGGAAUUGGGAUGCAAGCACUUUUCCUUCCUAUUGCUUUUGCCACUCUUGGAUGGGCAUGGGGAACCAUAACUUUAUCGGUCGCAUUUGUAUGGCAACUCUACACGAUUUGGCUGCUGGUCCAACUUCACGAAUCCGUCCCUGGCAUUCGUUACAGCAGAUAUCUCCACUUGUCCAUAGCCGCCUUUGGUCCAAAGCUUGGGAAGUUGCUAUCGUUAUUUCCGGUGAUGUACUUAUCAGGGGGUUCAUGUGUGAUGUUGAUCAUCAGUGGAGGUGGGACCAUGAGGCUCUUCUACCGGUUGAUGUGUUCAGGUGGGACCACCUGUGAGGACAAGUCAUUGACUGGCGCUGAGUGGUUCUUGGUAUUCACAUGUAUGGCCAUUGUUCUGGCCCAGCGGCCCAACUUGAAUUCCGUUGCUGGGUUAUCCUUCGUUGGGGCAAUCACGGCCCUAUGUUAUUGCACCCUAAUUUGGGCCUUGUCAAUUGUUAAAGGUCGGCCCAGUGAUGUGUCAUACGGCCCACGGGAGGAGCCCGAUUCAGAUAUAGAGGGGUUUAGCAAUGUUUUGAUUGCAAUUGGGAUGAUAGUACUUGCAUUCAGAGGCCAUAAUCUUGUGCUUGAGAUACAGGGAACACUGCCUUCAAGCCCAACAAAAGCCUCAAAGAAGCCCAUGUGGAGAGGAGUCACUGUGUCAUAUGCACUGAUAGCCUUGUCCCUAUUUCCCUUGGCUAUAGCAGGAUAUUGGGUUUAUGGAAACAAGGUACCCGCUGAUUACAUGCCAAAAGGAGGGCUUUUGACAGGAUUUGUGCAGCACCAUGGCCACACCACUUCAAAGUUUGUAAAAGGACUUAUAUACAUGUUGAUCAUCAUAAACAGUCUGUGUUCAUAUCAAAUCUAUGCGAUGCCGGUUUUCGACAACUUGGAGAUGAGAUACAUCAGCAGCAAGAAUAGGCAGUGUCCAUGGUGGGUGAGGACUGGAUUUAGAAUAUGCUUUGGAGGGAUAUCAUACUUGGUGGCAGUGGCAUUUCCCUUCUUGGGAAGAUUAGCAGCUUUGAUUGGAGGGAUUACAUUGCCUUUAACAUAUGCUUAUCCAUGUUUCAUGUGGAUUUUGAUCAAGAAGCCAAGACCAAAUAGUGCAAUGUGGUGUAUUAAUCUUCUACUUGGUUGCUUAGGCAUGAUUUUGGCUGUUUUGUUGAUACUUGCAGCCUCUUGGAAUUUACAUGACCAAGGCGUAAAUGGUAACUUCUUUAAGCCUUAGAUGAUAUACAAGGUCUUCCUUCUCGGUGUCAUCUAUCAUGCGGAGGAGUAAGCAUGAUUUUUCCUUUUCUUAGAGUAUCAUUAAGCUUAGAUCAGCAUAGUGAUGUCACCUCCAUUUGUGAGUUGUGCGAUGACGUGUAUAUAUAUGUAUCUUUAUAUGGUUGAUUACGUGUGUACAUCAGUACACAUGCAGACACAUACAUACAUAUGUAUGUAUAUAUAUAUAUGUAAAAAUGGUCAAUGAUUACGAUU